AUGGCAGCAUCGUCUAUGCAGCAUCUCAAGUCGAGUAUCCAGUCUGUCCUCGACGCCCCCUCCAGUAUAUCCACCAUCUCCCUAGACGCCAGAAACGUCGCCCAAUGGGUCCCCCUCUCGCCCUCCAUCUCAGAAGAGCCAGCAACAUCUCCGCCGUUAUCACAUGUGAAAAUCGUCAUCGAGCCGCUGCAUACAUGGGAGCACUGGUUUCAAAGCGGGACGAAGCACUUACGGCCCGCCGCUUUGGAGAUUGAAAAUACCGAUAGUCGGCCUAUUUCAGUCAGGCAGAGUAGAGCGGAGGAUGUGUGUCCGGUGUUUAUGGUGUUUUUGAUGGAGGAAUACGAAUGA